CGCAGCCGCCAAUACAAAACACGACUCUUUGGCUUUUUCUCUCUCGCUCUCUCUCGGCUUCUCGUGCUCACCUUCGCCGCCUCCAGCCUCCUUCGAUCCCGAUUCGCCGCCGUCGAGGGUUUCUCGCCGUCUCCGACCUAUUUCAACGCCAAAUCUGAGGUGAUCAAGUAAGAGGAUACUACCAGUAUUAAUAAUGGCUACAAUUGCAAUGACGUUGAGUCGUGUACAUUUUGGUGGAAAGAGUGAAUUAGGGGUCUCCUCUUUGUUUUCUCCUUCAACUAUUGCCCACAGAUGUCGGAGACAAGCAUCAAACAAAAUUCAUGCAGUUAUGACGCCCACACAGUCUCAACGUCCUCUGUCAACCACUGGUUCAGUCAAGCAUGGCAUGACUAUGACAGAGAAGAUUUUGUCAAGGGCAUCGGAGCGGUCACAGUUGGAACCAGAUGAGAAUGUAUGGGUAAAUAUUGAUGUCCUGAUGACCCAUGAUGUUUGCGGACCAGGGACAUUUGGAAUUUUCAAGAAAGAGUUCGGUGAGAAUGCUAAGGUUUGGGACCGUGAAAAGAUUGUUAUUAUACCAGAUCAUUACAUAUUUACAAACGAUGAACGUGCAAAUCGUAAUGUUGAUAUCCUCAGAGACUUCUGCAUGGAACAAAAUAUUAAGUACUUUUAUGACAUCAAGGAUCUUGGUAAUUUCAAGGCCAAUCCUGAUUAUAAGGGUGUUUGCCACAUUGCUCUUGCCCAAGAAGGUCAUUGCAGACCUGGGGAGGUUUUGGUUGGCACAGACUCUCACACAUGUAAUGCUGGAGCUUUUGGUCAAUUUGCUACUGGUAUUGGAAAUACAGAUGCUGGUUUUGUCUUGGGCACUGGAAAGCUUCUACUGAAGGUUCCCCCCACUUUGAGGUUCAUACUGGAUGGAGAAAUGCCUGACUAUCUGCUGGCUAAGGAUUUGAUUUUGCAAAUCAUUGGUGAAAUAAGUGUCUCUGGUGCAACAUACAAAUCCAUGGAAUUCAUUGGUUCCACUGUUGAAAGUUUGUCAAUGGAAGAAAGGAUGACAUUGUGUAAUAUGGUUGUUGAAGCGGGAGGCAAAAAUGGGGUUGUCCCUGCAGACCAAACUACUUUCAAUUACCUUAAGGAUAAAACAUCCGUGGAUUUUGAACCUGUAUACAGUGAUGGCAAUGCAAGAUUUCUUCAAGAUUACAAAUUUGAUGUCUCCAAAUUGGAACCGCUGGUUGCGAAGCCACAUUCUCCUGAUAAUCGUGCUCUGGCAAGAGAAUGCAAGGAUGUGAAGAUUGACAGGGUAUAUAUAGGUUCUUGCACUGGUGGAAAAACAGAGGAUUUUCUAGCAGCGGCAAAAGUAUUUCUAGCAUCAGGCAAAAAAGUUAAAGUGCCGACUUUUCUGGUCCCUGCCACUCAAAAGGUUUGGAUGGAUGUAUACAGCCUCCCAGUUCCAGGAUCUGGUGGCAAGACUUGCUCUCAGAUAUUCGAGGAAGCUGGUUGUGAUACUCCAGCCAGUCCUAAUUGUGGAGCUUGUUUGGGUGGUCCUCGAGAUACAUAUGCAAGGAUGAAUGAGCCUAUGGUCUGCGUAUCCACCACCAAUCGCAAUUUCCCCGGCAGAAUGGGGCACAAAGAAGGUCAAAUCUAUCUUGCCUCACCAUACACCGCUGCAGCAUCAGCAAUAUCAGGUUAUGUUACCGACCCAAGAGAGUUCUUGCGUUAGUAAAAAUCUUACUAACCCGGUGUGAUCAAAUUCUGUUUAAAUUUCUCUAAAAGACAUUCUCACCUUAUGUUGUAUCAUCACAUCUUUAUCAGUAAGAACAAAAGCAAAUGCGGUAUGCACUGUGACUACUUAUAAUAAUCUUGAUGUUUGUGAUUUCAUACCA